CAGUGCGCACAAUUGGUUUGUCAUAGUCGCAGAGAGCUCAGUUUUGGACCCAAACAACUUUGAUUUUCCCCCUGUGGAGCUUUUCUCUGAAGACUCCCCUCCCCUCCAAAUUCUUCUGGAUACUCUUUAUUUUUAUUUUUUUAUUUUUAUUUUUUUAUUUUUAUUUUUUGGGCGAAGGCUGCUGGCGUUUCGCCUUUCAGCUUUAUGGGACGUGAUGUAGCCACAGCACAGAAGGACGCCUUGUGCCAUAAAGGGACGUAAGGGAAAAGUAUUGAGGAUACAACGCUAGGACCCUGGUCUUUUUUUACCCCCAGAAAAUCACCAGGGUACGGAUUCUAGGCGCAUGCAGCUCAGAUAGAGGCGAUUUUAGGAGGAUAUUGAUCGGAGUGAUCUGAGGCAACUAUUUGGAUUCGUUGUUCUCUCUCUCCCGAGCGUUUGAUUAAGUGUAGUCUUCAUACACUGUGCGUAAGGACGAUACCCAACGAGUGAAAGACUGUUACGAGAGAAAUUAUCACCCUUGCUUUCAAUGGGAGGACCAGAGGUGCAUCACCGUUUCAUCAGUAUUAUCUAAUUCCCCGAACAGAACAUGAUUUUAUCAUCUGGAAUGUGAUACACUGGAUUUGUAAGAAGCUUUGCUAAGAAAACCCAAGAACCAAGCUGACUCUUUUGCUAAGCUUUUGGACGUCAUCCAGCAGUGCAACAGGACUUGCGGUGUCGCGGGGAGUGUGGUGCAGCGGAGGGAACCGUGCCAUCCCGUAAGCACCGGAUUCAGGCUUUUGCCAGCAAAGGACUGACUACUGAUCUCAACUGGGACCAUCAGCAGCGGGCGGUAAGAGGAGGAGGCCAUGUGGACCGCACGCCUGCUCCUCCUCGCCAGCCUCUUCGCACCAGCCGCUCUGGCCUUCAGUCGAGCGCCCAUCCCCAUGGCGGUGGUGAGGAGGGAGCUGUCAUGCGAGAGCUACCCGAUCGAGCUGCGCUGCCCGGGCACCGACGUUAUCAUGAUCGAGAGCGCCAACUACGGCCGCACCGACGACAAGAUCUGCGACGCGGACCCAGCGCAGAUGGAAAACACGCGGUGCUACCUGCCAGACGCAUACAAGAUUAUGUCUCAAAGAUGUAAUAACCGGACCCAGUGUGCUGUCGUGGCCGGACCAGAUGUGUUUCCCGAUCCUUGCCCCGGAACCUACAAAUACCUGGAAGUCCAAUAUGAAUGCGUGCCCUACAAAGUGGAACAAAAAGUAUUCCUGUGUCCAGGGCUUCUGCGUGGGGUGUACCAGAGUGAACACCUCUUUGAAUCAGACCACCAAUCUGGAGCCUGGUGCAAAGACCCUCUCCAAGCCUCCGAUAAGAUCUACUACAUGCCCUGGACCCCCUACCGCACAGACACCUUGACUGAAUACUCCUCCAAAGAAGACUUCAUUGCCGGAAGGCCGACAACAACCUAUAAACUUCCACAUCGUGUUGAUGGAACAGGAUUCGUGGUCUACGAUGGGGCGCUCUUCUUCAACAAGGAGCGCACGCGCAACAUCGUCAAGUUUGACUUGCGGACUCGCAUCAAGAGCGGCGAGGCCAUCAUCGCCAAUGCCAACUACCAUGACACCUCGCCGUACCGCUGGGGAGGGAAAUCGGACAUUGACUUGGCCGUCGAUGAAAAUGGCCUUUGGGUGAUUUAUGCCACCGAGCAGAACAACGGGCGGAUUGUCAUCAGCCAGCUCAACCCCUACACGUUGCGCGUUGAAGGGACCUGGGACACGGCUUACGACAAGCGGUCAGCGUCCAACGCCUUCAUGAUCUGCGGAAUCCUGUAUGUGGUCAAGUCGGUGUAUGAGGAUGAUGACAACGAAGCGACUGGGAAUAAGAUUGACUACAUAUACAACACAGAGCUGAGUAAAGACGGUUUUCUGGACAUCCCCUUCCCCAACUCCUACCAGUACAUUGCUGCCGUGGAUUAUAAUCCUAGAGACAAUCUGCUGUACGUUUGGAACAAUUACCAUGUGGUUAAGUACUCGCUGGACUUUGGGGCACUGGACAACAGACUAGAGUCAUCCUCCUCCAUAAUGGUAUUUAUGGACACCACGACGGCGAUGAGAACCACCACGCGACCCACUACUGUUACCAUGACGACCACAACAGCAAGCACCACCACGACCACGACCAGGGCUGCCUCUGCAACGACUGCAAUCGCUCAGCGGCCACGAACCACCUCAACCAUGGCGGCCCCGGGCCACACGCCGGUGGAAGGUUUGGUCCCAGAGGAUGGCAGUAGGCCGCCUCCCUCCACCAAGCUGCCCACCAUCAGAGUGGAGUACUGCAACCCGCUGGUGAUGUCAGACAUCUCUUGGCCCAAGACCAAGCAGGGCGUCAUGGCCAAGAUGUCCUGUCCACCAGGAACCAUAGGAGUGGCCUUGUAUAUGUGUAUGGGUCCAGAGGGCUACUGGGACCCCCAGGGACCUGACCUCAGCAACUGUACCUCUCCUUGGGUCAACCUCAUCAGCCAGAAGAUUAAAGCCGGAGAGACAGCAGCAGUCAUCGCCAGGGAGUUGGCAGAGCAGACAAAGAGCAACCUUCAGGCAGGAGACAUCACCUACACAGUCAAGGCCAUGGUUCAGCUGGUGGACCUCCUGGACGUGCAGCUGAGGAACCUCACCCCGGGUGGCAAAGACAGCGCGGCCCGGAGCCUCAAUAAGGCCAUGGUGGAGACGGUCAACAAUCUGCUGCAGCCCCAGGCCCAGGCAGCAUGGAGGGAACUGAGUACAGGGGAGCAGCUGAGGGCAGCCACCAUGUUGCUAGACACGGUGGAGCAAGGGGCUUUUGUCCUCGCCGACAACCUGCUCAAGACCGACAUUGUGCAGGAGAACACCGACAACAUCCAACUGGAAGUAGCCAGGAUGAGUACCGAUGGAAACCUGCCGGACCUGAAGUUUCCACAAACGGGAGGGCAGGGGAAUUCCAUCCAUCUGUCUGCAAACACAUUGAAACAGCAUGGAAGAAAUGGUGAGAUUCGGAUAGCCUUUGUCCUGUAUAAGCACAUUGGGGUCUACCUUUCAACGGAGAAUGCGAGCAUGAAGCUGGGCAGCGAGGCCAUGGCUACCAACUACUCCGUCAUCGUCAACUCACCAGUCAUUACUGCCGCUAUCAACAAGGACUCUAACAAAGUCUACCUCUCAGAUCCAGUCAUUUUCACUAUCAGACACUUGCAGCAGUCGGAGGAGAACUUCAACCCCAAUUGUUCGUUUUGGAGUUACUCCAAGCGGAGCAUGACUGGGUACUGGUCGACGCAGGACUGCCGCUUGCUUGGCACCAACAGGACGCACACCACAUGCUCAUGUACCCAUCUCACCAAUUUUGCUGUCCUCAUGGCCCACGUGGAGGUCAAGAAUGCAGACCCCGUUCAUGACAUGCUGCUGGACGUUAUCACUUGGGUGGGCAUCUUGCUGUCGCUGGUCUGCCUGCUCAUUAGCCUCUUCACCUUCUGCUUCUUCCGUGGUCUUCAGAGCGACCGCAACACCAUCCACAAGAACCUCUGCAUCAGCCUGUUCAUCGCCGAGUCGCUCUUCCUCGUCGGGAUCAAUCGAGGAGACCAGCCGAUUGCGUGUGCUGUUUUUGCCGCCCUGCUCCACUUCUUCUUCCUGGCGGCGUUCACGUGGAUGUUCCUGGAGGGUGUGCAGCUCUACAUCAUGCUGGUGGAAGUGUUUGAGAGUGAGCACUCGCGCCGCCGCUACUUCUACCUGGUGGGCUAUGGAGUUCCCGCACUUAUUGUGGCUGUCUCGGCUGCAGUGGACUACCGCAGUUACGGCACCGAUCGAGUUUGCUGGCUUCGCCUGGACACCUACUUCAUUUGGAGUUUCAUAGGACCAGCAACCUUGAUAAUUAUGCUCAAUGUGAUCUUCCUGGGCAUUGCUCUCUACAAGAUGUUCCAUCACACGGCCAUCUUAAAGCCAGACUCUGGUUGCCUGGACAACAUCAAAUCGUGGGUGAUUGGGGCCAUUGCCUUGCUGUGCCUGCUGGGCCUCACCUGGGCUUUUGGCCUGAUGUAUGUCAAUGAGAGCACGGUGGUAAUGGCCUACCUCUUCACCAUCUUCAACUCCCUGCAGGGAAUGUUCAUCUUCAUUUUCCACUGUGUGCUGCAGAAGAAGGUACGUAAGGAGUAUGGGAAGUGUCUGCGUACCCACUGCUGCAGUGGUAAAAGUGUGGAGAGCUCCAUCGGCUCUGGGAAGGGCACGGCCUCUCGAGCUCCAGGACGUUACUCUUCAGGGUCACAGAGCCGCAUCCGUCGAAUGUGGAACGACACGGUCAGAAAACAGUCAGAGUCCUCUUUCAUGACCGGCGACAUCAACAGCUCUGCAUCGCUCAACAGAGGGGCUAUGGCUAACCAUCUUAUACCUAAUGCACUCCUGCGUCCUCAUGGCACUAACAAUCCCUAUAAUACAUUGCUUGGGGAAUCGGCAGUCUAUAACAACCCUCUGGGCAUGUACAACACACAAGAGCCCUACAGAGAGACAAAGGGAAUCCUGAACAAUGCCCGGGAUACAAGUGUCAUGGAUACUCUACCACUGAAUGGUAACCAUGGCAACAGCUACAGCAUUGCCAGCGCCGAGUACAUGAGUGACUGCGUCCAGAUCAUUGACCGGGGGUACAACCACAAGGAAACCACCCUGGAAAAGAAGAUUCUGAAAGAGCUCACCUCCAACUACAUCCCCUCCUACCUCAACAAUACCCACGAGCGCUCAGCCGAGCAGAACCGCAACCUUAUGAACAAGCUGGUCAACAACGUCAGCAACGGCGGCAAGGACAGCGGCUACGGAAUGGGGAUGGGCGUGGGGAUGGGCAUGAAUGUUGCACUGAGCCUGGAUGACCACUCCUCGUUUGGGCCACACCAUGAUGAAGGCUUGGGCCUAGAGCUAAUCCGUGAGGAGUCUAAUGCCCCCCUGUUACCCCAGAGGCCGCCCCCGUCCCUGCAGGCGGUGGACAACCUUCACAAUCACCUCCACCAGCCGGUGCCGCCCCCCCUUCCUCUGCCCCACCACCCCUUCUCCUCUGCCACCACAUCCUCCUCGUCCCGGAGGAGAAUCCCCCAGGAGAACAGCGAAAGUUUCUUCCCACUACUUACUAACGAGCACACCCAGGAUGAGGGCUCGUCACCCAGCCACAACCACCAGAGAGACUCCCUCUACACCAGCAUGCCCAUGCUGGCCGGCCUGCCCGACGUGUCUGCAGCAUCUGCCGACGGUUCCAAGGAUGCCGGGGACACCAAGAGCCCGGAGGCCAGCUCGGACGACGUUUACUACAAGAGCAUGCCCAACUUGGGCUCGCGUAACCACCUUCAUCAGCUGCACUCCUACUACCAGCUAGGGCGGGGCAGCAGCGAUGGCUUUAUUGUGCCCCCAAACAAAGAGGAUGUAACCCCCGAAGAGGCCCACCAGGAGCCCUCGCACCUGGUCACCAGCCUAUAGACCCAACUACCUGUCGCCCCUUCCGAUGUCCCUUCUAUUACCGUGGUCCUCUUUCCUUCCUGUGCCCCCUCGUUCGAUCAGUCAUUGGCAGUGGUAGCCUUUCUUUUUAUUGUGUCCCGAAGACUGAAGCCAAGCAAAUAACUCUGUUCUCUUGCUAUUACUGACCACAAACACAAUAUUAAUUGCUACGUUUGGUGGCUAAUAUGUGACUAAAUUUGGUUAGACAUGCGGGAAUCUGUCGAUGUUGUGUUUCUCUUUUGUGAGAGGCUCAAACCCUGUGUGGAUUUAUAUGUUUAUGUGUGAGAAGAGACAAGCACUCAUGCAGGAUUUUUAGGUCUCGGAGAUAUAGUCUGACAGUCCAAAGGAACUACAAAUGGCCCAAAAAACUAUUUGAUGUGUAGAGUACACAAGAACAAAUGGGAAAUUUAAAAAAAAAGGACUAUUUUAUUAUACUUCUGUAUCCAUAUUGACUUUUUGAAAGAUUUUCUUCCUCUUUGGUGAGUUGCAGCACAUUUUGUUUGCUGAAGUGUCCCUGCAAUGGAAAAAAAAAACACAAAAAAACAAAAAUUAAACAAAAUACAAAAACAACAACAGAUUUUGAACAAUUACCUUGAAGGAAUUAUUGAUCGUAUGCUUUGAGGCAUAGCUGUUCUUUUUUGUUUCGUUUUACUGUAAUAACAGUUGUUAAAAGAGGGAGAAAAAACUAAUAAGAGAAUUAUGAGAUAUUUCUAUGUAAUUGUACAGAUACUAGCAUUGCACAUAAUAGUAUGCUUUUUGUUCCACCCAAACCAUUUGUCUCUGUAAAUGUAGUGGUUAGGAACAGUUUUGUUCUGUUGUGCUGGCCUUUCCGGGUUUCUGAUACCAGUCUGUUGUUUUUUUUUUUCCUCUUUUAUCUCUUUCCAAGAAACAACCACCCAAACAGCAACAAAAUAACACACACACACACACACACACACACACAAAUCACAACACAACAAAUACAGACAUUUUUGUGCAAUGUGUCCAUCUUUGUUUUUGGGUCUGUUUUGAGUUCUCGUUUGGUUUGUUUCUUCACUGUGUAGAUAGGAGAAUUCUGAUUCAGUGAUUGUCGAGGGAGCAGAAUCAGUCCUAAGUGUCCAUAAACUUAAUCACGAGGUGUCCCUCAGAAAGGUGCGUAGUGCAUUCUGCAUUUCUUUUGACAUUCAGACGGCGCUUGUGCUUCUCAGAAAGAGAACAAAUUGAAUAUUGAUGAGCACUAGGCACUUGUACAAAAACGAAAGACGGCUGUUUUACUUAUUAAAGAAGGAGAUUUUGGAGUGAGAAAAACUGGAAAAGUGUUUUUGUUUUUCUUCCUCGAGGGAAAAAAAAAUAUAUUUAUUUAUUUGUUUAAAAACAAUAAAGUGGACAAUGGAGGUAAAUGAGUUUAGUGGCACAGAUAAGUUUUUAUUAUCGGCUAUGGUUAUGGCUUUUUAUUUAUUCCUUUUUGUAUUGGUUUCCAAGUUGAAUGACCUCAUAACUAAUAUUUGUUGUAACAGUGAAACUUGUUUGCCAACAAAUAAAUUACUGAUUAAGAUUUAUCACAUA